UGCUCCAAAGAAUGAGAAAUUUUACAAUGCUAUAUAGUAUUGGUGUUAUAAGAUUUUGCCUUUAUGAUACAACUUAAAAUUGUACAUUUACGUUAUGGUACAACUUUAGAUUGUAACUAUACUUUUUGUACAAAUUCUUUUAUGAUACAACUUGGACUUGUACCUUUAUGUGAUGGUACAACUUCAAGUUGUAAAGUUGUACCAUAACAUAAUGGUACAAAUUGCUUUAUGGUACAACUUAAACUUAUACAUUUAAUGUUAUGGUACAACUUUUGUACAUUAAAGCACCAAUACUAUAUAGUAUAGUAGAAGUGCUCCCAAAGAAUAUGUUGACUUUCAUGGAAUAUAAAAGGGUAAAUUGCAAGUUGAUGAGAUACAGGGUUGGGCUUAUAAUGUGCACGUAAUAGUCAUUACUAAUGGAUUAGUUAAUGUUUAGGGUUAGUUAAUUAGUAGCUUGCAUGGGCCAAGGUUAGCACUAGGGGUGGCUAUACGGUCCGGUCCGGUUAAAUUGGCCCAAAUUGAUCCGGUCCAGUCCGGUCUUUUUGAAAAUAUAAGGACCAAAGAUUGGAUUGGAUACAGUCCGGUCUUGAUCCGGUCCGGUUUUGAUCCGGUCCGGUCCCAAUUCGGUCUUGAAAGGGUGAGGAGUUGGUUAAGUUUUGUACUAAGUGCAAAGGUUUGUGACCGUUUAUGCAAAUUACCCUUAAGUUUUGGGUGUUGAGCUCUCUUAUCCGGUCUUUAUCCGGUAUUUUACCUCAAAUCUAAAUCCAAAGAUUGGAUUGGAUUGUUUACUAUCCGGUCCCGGUCCGGUCUCGGUCCGGUUUCCGAUUUUUAAUCCGGUCCCGGUCCAAAUAGCCACCCCUAGUUAGCACGUAGUUUGUAGAGGCGCUAGUGGCGGAUUGGGAGUUCUCUAGGUUAGGUGGCCGAGUUUAGCUAGGUAAGUUAGUAGAGUUCAGGUUAGCUAGGGUUAUGUAUUAGGUUUAGACGCCUAUAUAUUAUAAUCACGGCAUUAGUCCGAUUUAUCAAUUAAUCAAUAAAUAAAAUAGGUCUGAAACUGAAAAUGGCAAAUACUCCGUAAGAUCAGGGUAUGAUUUUGAGCAGUGAAGAAUUAGUGAAGAGGUUGUUGAAAGAGAAGCAGAACAAAAAAGGUGCAGCGGAUGGAAGAAAUUAUGGAAGUUGAACAUCCCCGGGAAGUUGAGGGUGUUCGUUUGGAAGAUUGCUCACAACAUUCUCCCCAUGGGAGAGAAAAUCUGCAAGAGGGUCAAGACAAUGGGGGGAUGAGUGCCCAAACUGCGGUAUGAAAGAGUCGUUGAAACACUGCCUCAAGGAUUGCAGCUGGAUCGAAAGAAUAUGGUCAAAAACCCCUGUGACGGAGCUAUUCUAUAAAGCAGAAAAUAUCACUUGCAGGGAAUGGAUUUUCAAUGUUAUUAAAGAAGCGGAGGAAGGGGAUUUGGAGCGAUUCUGCUCUCUACUCUGGUUUUUUUUUUUUGGAAGGAAAGGAACAACUUUCUGUUUAAUAACAAGUUUUUACGGGAGUGGGGAGUCUUCCCUGGAGCAGAUAAUUACAUUCAUGAUUUUCUUGUUGUCCAAGGGAAGGAGAGAGAUCAGACUUCAUAGUAGGAAAGAGGAAAGGAGAAGGUGUAGAUGGACCAAACCAAUAAGAGGGGUUCUGAAGUUGAAUACUGAUGCUGGAACAAAUUGGAAAGGUGAGGUUGGAUUGGGAUGCGUUGUCAGGAAUUGGUAUGGUGGAGUGUUUAUGGCGGCUAGCAAGACGAUCAAGGUAAGAUGGCCGCCAGAUUUGGCUGAAGGAAUGGCCUUACUUUUUGGCUUGCAGAAAGCGAAAGGAGAUGGGACUUAAAACUAUUCAGGUUGAGACAGAUUGUAAGAGGCUGGUGAAUUUUUUUGAAGGGUGAAGAGUGCAGAACUGAAACGGAUAAUGUCUGCAGAAGCAUUCUGAAGAUGGGUGAAGAGGUCGAAGUUAUUGAUUGGAACUUUACUUUUAGAGAAGCAAACAUUGUUGCCCACUUGCUGGCUCAUCUUUUUAUUUCCCCUGUUAAUGAUGAUAGAGUUUGGAUUGGAGGUAUCCCUUCACAGAUACCUGAUGAUUUGAAUGAAUCACAUCGGUUUUUUCUAUAAAAAAAAACAUAGUGGAUCUGCCCCCUAAUUGCACCUUCUACACUAUUCAUAAUUUAUCUAAAUGGGGGCAAAUGCAUUGAAAAAUGCAUUUACCCCCAAACUUGCUACCCGUCCCAUUAACCCCCUUCCCAAGAGCUAAGAUCAGGUGACUAAGGAGGGGUUCCUUAGUCACUUGCCUAAGUCGAUCUCAGCCCUUCAAGUUCAUUAAAAUCCAAUGGUUCCAAUUAAUUCAAUUUAAGAAAUGGUAAUGUAGUAA